AGAAGGGAGGAGGAGGAGGGGGGCGAGCGAGCUCGGGAGGAACGGGGAGCGAGUGUUACUCCGGGAGGAGGACAGGAUAAACGCUCCUCCAUCCCGUCAACGAAGAGGAGGAGAUUGAAGAGAGAGAGAGGAGGCAGCCUGGUUACCACGCACCAUCUCGCCUCGUCGCCUCCUCAGGACUUCUUCACAUUCACCAUCAUCACGAGGAGCUCUAGAAGACACAUCACCCCAGGAAUGAUGGCGUCACCGUUAGGGCCGCCUUCGCUGUCGCCAUGACGAUGCCCUUCAGCCCGCUGUCCAGCGACGAGGAGCACCAGAGGAUGCUCGGAAACAGCAGACGCCCGUACCCGGGGGUGGAGGAUGAGGAAGAGGAAGAGGAGGAGGAAGAAGAAGAGGAAGAGGAGAUGGAGGAAGACGAGCAUGACGAGGACGGUGAGGGGGAGAACGGCGAGCUGGAGGACGUGGAGGAGGUCCGGCGAGGGGGCGGCAGGGCCGAGGGGGCGAGGCAGUUGGGGAAAGGCGCCGGACGAGCUGGGAACCCGGGACACGCGUCUAAUCCCUACUCAGCCAAUCCCACGCACCAGCAGCCGGCCAAUCAGCAGCAGCGGAGGCCGAAGGAGCGCACGUCCGGCUCCGGGCCGCCGCCCCCCGAGGACGCCCACAUCGCCAUGAUGGUGUUUCGCAUCGGCAUUCCGGACAUCAAACAAACGAAAUGCCUGCGUUUCAACCCGGACGCCACGGUGUGGAAGGCCAAACAGCAGGUGCUGUGCUCGCUCACCGAGUCCCUGCGCGACGUCCUCAACUACGGCCUCUUCCAGCCCGCCACCGACGGCCACGACGCCAAAUUCCUGGAGGAGGAGCGGCUGCUCAAGGAGUACCCGCAGUCCUUUGAGAAAGGGGUGCCCUAUUUGGAGUUCCGAUACAAGACGCGAGUGUACAAGCAGACCAACCUGGAUGAGAAGCAGCUGGCCAAACUGCACACCAAGGCCAGCCUGAAGAAAUUCAUGGACUACAUCCAAACCAGCGGCGUGGACAAGAUGAGCAAGUUCUUGGACAAAGGCCUCGAUCCCAACUACCAGGAUGCCGACACCGGCGAGACCCCGCUGUCGCUGGCCGUUCAGUGUGAGCCUGGCGGGGGCGAGCCCAUCCGGGUGUUGGUGGACGGGGGCGCCCACAUCGACUUCCGUGCCAAAGACGGCCUCACGCCGCUCCACAAGGCCGUCCGAGGCCACCGCCAUAUUGCCCUGCUGGUCCUGCUGUCUCUGGGCGCCUCCCCGGACUACAAGGACCGUCGGGGCCUAACGCCGCUGUACCACACUGUGCUGACAGGGGGCGACACGUCGUGCUGUGAAACGCUGCUGUACCACCACGCCAAGUUGGGCAUCAGGGACGAGAACGGCUGGGACGAAACGCACCAGGCGUGUCAGAACGGCAACUCUCAGCACCUGGAGCACCUUCUCUUCUACGGGGCCGACUCCACCUCCCAGAAUGCAUCUGGAAACACUGCCUUGCACAUUUGUGCUUUAUACAACAAGGAAAGCUGUGCACGAAUUCUGCUCUACCGAGGAGCCAACAAAGAGACAAAGAACAACAGCGGCCAAACACCCUUUCAGGUGGCCGUCAUGUCCGGUCAUUUCGAGCUGGGGGAGAUCAUCAAAAACCACCGGGACGCCGAUGUAGUUCCCUUCGUGGAGUCUCCAAAGUACGCCCCCCAGAGGCGCGAGAGCACGCAGACCCUGACGUUGCCUCACCCGCACCCGUUCCUGCGCGCCAACAGUGACAGCAGCAUGAAUUUACCCGACUGGAUGGCGAUGCCCAACUCACUGAGCACCAACAUCGUGUCUGUGCAGGGAUUCAAACACACAGGAACCAUCCGCAGCUCCAGCAGUCCCCGAGGAGCCAGGACGCGAUCCCCGUCCCGAGGCAGGAUGGGGGAAAAGGAGGACCGCAGCCGGCAGCAGAGUCGCAAACAAGGGCCCACUGCCACUCCUGCCGCCACGGGUUCCGCUAGCACCCAGACGGCAGGCCAGCGUCGCCGCCUUUACAGCGCUGUGCCGGGCCGCGUCUUCGUGGCCACGCGAGCGCACUCGGCCCAGGGUGAGCGGGAAAUCAGCUUCAGCAAAGGCGACCGGGUCAAAGUGUUGAGCGUGGGUGAAGGCGGCUACUGGGAGGGAACGGUCCGCGGUCGCACCGGAUGGUUCCCCUCUGACUGCGUGGAGGAAGUGAUGCUUCGAAGUCAAGAAACCCGAUCAGAGAGCCGUGGGGAGCGUGCCAAGCGUUUGUUCCGUCACUACACGGUCGGCUCCUACGACAGCUUCGACGCUCCCAGCGACUACAUCAUCAAGGAGAAGACGGUGCUUCUGCAGAAGAAAGACAGCGAGGGCUUCGGCUUUGUGCUGCGAGGUGCCAAAGCUCAGACUCCCAUCGAGGAGUUCACCCCGACGCCCGCCUUCCCCGCUCUGCAGUACCUGGAGUCGGUGGACGAGGGCGGUGUGGCCUGGCGGGCCGGUCUCAGGAUGGGCGACUUUCUCAUCGAGGUCAAUGGUCAGAAUGUGGUGAAGGUGGGUCACCGCCAGGUGGUCAACAUGAUCCGGCAAGGUGGCAACAGCCUGAUGGUCAAGGUGGUCAUGGUGACCCGCAACCCCGACAUGGAGGAGGGCGCCCGCAAGAAAAUCCCGCAGCAAAGCAAGAGGCUGAGCACACCUGCCAUCGCCCUGCGCUCCAAGUCCAUGACUUCGGAGCUGGAGGAGAUGGCUGCUACCCCAUGGAAAAAAAAGUCAGAACUGGAAUCUUCCCAAGUGGCUGAGAAGAAGCGGACCGUCUACCAGAUGGCUCUGAAUAAAUUAGAUGAAAUUCUUGCAGCGGCUCAGCAGACAAUCAGCACCAACGAGGCGGCGGGGACGCGGGGACAGGGGCCCAAACGGGACAGGGGACGCACUUUCUAUAGCAAUGAGCCAAACUACGCGGACCAGGCCGGUCUGGUUCUGGCCUACGAGCGGGGCCACUAUGCUACACCUCACGGCCCCCCGCACGGUAUGCUGCGGCAGAAAUCAAUUGGAGUGCCCGAGGAGGAAAAGCAGCACCUGCAUCCUCCGGCCAUGAAGUUUGCCCGCAGCCUGUCAGUGCCCGGCCCGGAUGACAUCCCGCCUCCCCCAACCACGGCGCCGCCGGACCCUCCCUUCUCCUCUGCACCGCCCCUGGGUUGGAGAGCCAAGUCGUCCCAGCAGCCCUCUGUCACCGUGUCGCAGUCCUUGGCUGCCUCUUCCUCGUACUACCAGCCCUACUCCCAGGCGGUGCACUUAACCCAACUGGGCCGGGAGAGAGGGGGUGGAACAGUGGACCACUCGUCUUUCUAUUCCCACGUGGGCGCCCACACCGCCCAAAGUAGAACUGCCACACGGAAGGUUGCCUAUACUGGAGAGCCUAUCGGUGUCACAGGGGGCAUUAAAGCCACUGGUCUUCGGAGGGGCUACAGUAGUGCCGUACCCCCGUCGAGCAUUGCGACCGUCAUGCCGCAGCAACAGCAGAUGGGUCAACCACAACGAGUAGAGCGCAGCACAACUGGAGCAGGGGGUCCUAAAGGCGGCGCCCGGAGAAGCAAGGGUCCUCUGGUGAAACAAUCCAAGGUGGAGGACCUACGAGCAGCCCAGGGCACACUGGGGGGGAAAGUGGAGAAGAGCUCCAUUCCCAUCCCCACCAUCAUCGUUAAGGCCCCCUCCACCAGCAGCAGCGGGCGAAGCAGCCAAGGCAGCAGUGUGGAGGCUGACACCCCAGCUCCUGGGGAGGCAAAUGAAACCAAACCCCCCCACGGUCCUCCUCUUCGUAGUCCUGCUCCACAGCCUCCUGCGCCACCCUCCGUCCCCGCACCUUCGCCUCCAUCACUGCCUUCCAUGCGAGCCCAGGAUGGGCUGGACUUCACCAGCCAGUUUGGGGCAGCCGUCGUGGGUGCGGCUCGCCGGGACCGCGAACGGUUUCACGAAGCCCGCAGGAAGAGCGCCUCCUUGUUCAUGUCUGCGGACGAGGACAUGGGUCUUAGUAGUGAUGGCAUGGGAGGACUAACACGGGCUCACCUGUCACAGCAGCAGCUCAACACGCAAGCGGAAAGUUCUUCCUCUAAGCUGCGCCCCUCGAAGUCUAUCGACGAGGGCAUGUUCUCCGGAGACACCUUCAUCCAUCACACCCGCAGCAUGCCUCCAGCUUUUGGGCUACCAGAGUACUCCUCACCGGCCCUGGACUAUCAGCCUAAAUCUGUGCCUGCUGACCUGUACACCGCCGCAGGAAGGCAGCCCGCCCCCUCGUCCACUUUCAUUCACCCCUUGACAGGAAAGGCUCUGGACCCCACAUCGCCACUAGGCCUCGCCCUGGCAGCCAGGGAGCGUGCCCUGCGCGAUGACAGCAGGUUACGAAGGGGCCCAGAGCGCCCUUUCAUCCGUCAGAUGUCCAGCGUGGUCUUCCCAUCAUCUACCGUCACCUCGCAGCCGGUGUCGUCUACCGCCCAGUCCUCCAGCUCCUACUUGGUGACCUCCUCUUCCCUGGCUGCCACCACUCCUUCUGUUGGACGUCCACCUUCACCCAGAAUCCUCAGAGGGGGCGUGUGGGCUGAUGAGGGCGGCGGCGGUGUGGAAAGAGAACGGGAAGGGGGUGGCGCUCGUGAGGGACUUAGAGUUCGCUUCUCAGAGGACAAACCGGUCCACACGCACCACUACCAGUCCCAGCCGUAUCAGCCCGGCUUUAAGGAGAGGGAGCGAUCGAGGGAGCGAGAGAGGGAGGCCUCUAGGGAACUAGAGCAGGAAGGCUACAUGAGAAGAGCAGAACAGGCCGCUAAUGAGCAGGCAUCCCAGCAACCUCGGCGGCCCUCGUUCCUCAGGAUGGACAGUCAAACUGACGCCUACAUCUUGUCCCACACCACUCCCUCCACUCGACCGAUUAGUACUCAGCAAACAGCCAGUGCUACUGGGAACACUGGGUCUGGCCUGAUGGUUCUUCCGCCCCCCGCCCCGUCGGUGGACGCAGACGAUGAAUUUGUCUAUGCCGACCCCCUUCCACCACCAUUAGAGUUUGCCAACAGCUUCGAUAGGGGAUACUCGCAACAUCGGCUUCUCCCCAACAUGACCCAAGAGAAGGCGCCGCCUCCUCUGCCUCCCCCACCACCGCCACCGCCUCCACCUCCACCUGCCCAAAAAGAACUGUUUGGAAGUGUGUUUCCCGCUCACACGCCCCUGCCUUCGCCCCAGGCGGGUGACUCCACUGCCUCCAGCCUCACUUCUUAUGACAGCGAGGUAGCUAAUCUGACUCAAUCUGCUCACUCCCCCUCCCAGACAUCACCCAACCCACCUCCUCCCCACUCACCCUCCAUCCUGCAUCCCACAUCAACAAGUGGACCCCCACCUCCACCCUCGGUGUCGCCACCCCCGCCACCUGGCUCCUAUCACAGACCCUUAUCUGUGUCCCAUCCCCACCACCUGUACAACAGCACCCAUGCUCCUGGGCGCUCCUCACCCACUCCGCCACUUACUGUGACACCGCCUCCUGCUUACCGGGGUCCCCCUGCACUUUCUUCCACAGCUGCCACCUCAGUUCCUCUGCAGACCACAAGCUGUGCCACCACAACCGCCGCUGCUGCCACCACAACAAGCACCUCCACGCAACUCUACCAUGAGCGAACCCACGCCACAUACACCGCCUCUAUUCAGAGCACCCACCACAGGACCGGGGAGCGCCACCGUCCACCCCCUGCUGCCAAGAAGGGAGAAUCCCAGGAGACAGUUGUGGACUCUGGGAUAGAAGAGCUGGACAGCCGCAGUAGUAGCGACCACCACUUGGACAGCAUCCUGGCUAAUGUUCGGGCGGACAGGUUCGACCGAGGGGAGAGGGCAGGCAACCGGUUAGCAGGUGGGACAGCGGAACCGGGGGAACGUGGGGAUUUUCUGGAGUCUUACAUGAGCUACCUGGAUGGGCAAACUUUUGAGAUGCAGAAUGCCACAGCAGCAGCAUCAACCUACCCAAAAAGCAGCCGGUUCAGGGAGGGAAGUCGAGUGGGCGAGCUCCACAGACAGACCAGCACCGCUCCCGCAUCCUUCCACUCCCACAGGCGAAGAGACGACCAGGACCAUGAGGAGGAGGAGGCCGAGGAGGGCGCCACGACGGAAGACGAAAGCGGCCAGGACGGGUACGGGAUGAGAGACAUGCAGAAUUUAGGACGUCCCAAUUCACCUUAUUUUGAACGCCCACGCACUCCCGAAAUGAAGCCUCUCUGGGGUGAGGGACAGAUUGGCAGAGACACCAGGGGGCAGUUCAGGACACUCUUAGAGGGGAAGAAGAUUUACCCUCCAGCAUCGAGUAUGAAGCCAAAUAUGAUCAAUGAGCUGAACAGCAAACUGCAGCAAAGAACCAAGGACAGCUGGAGCAGCCAGAGACCACUGAGCAGACACAGAUUCUCUGAAGAUUCGGCCUCAGCUCUGAGUCCCCCGUCGGCUCGCUCCCAGUCGCCGUCACCAAUCUCUUUAUCGCAACCUUCCCUGUGCCCUUCCCCGACCCCUGCCUCCCAGUACCCCAACUGGAGACGUUCGCCAUCCCCUCAGCCUCCCGCUCCCUCGCAGCCUCCCCGUUCACAUUCCCCGCUGUCCCCAACGUCCUAUUCCCCUUAUCCAACCUCCCCCAAGCACAGACCUGUCUACCGGACCAAAGCCCUGGAGUUCCAGUUCAUCCCAAGUCGCGAGUCCCGUAAGGCAGAUCCUCACAUGCUCCAGCGUAGGCGAGCACCCAGUCCUCUCAUCUCCCCGUCGGAGAGGCCCAAACUGGGACCGCCCCGUCCCUCGUCCCUCCCUCUGCUCCCCACUUCGCCUCUGUACAGUGCCAUGUACGACCUACGGGGCUCAAUCACCCCGCCCUCGCCCGGCAACACUCUUGGAGACCCCUACUUCUCACCCUCACCGCCCCUCUUUGCACCCUCCGGAGCCCCACCUCCUCCAAACUCCACCUUGGUUGUUUCCCGCUCCCUUUCUCCCACUCACUUCCUGUCCGGGACGUCCUCUCCACCCCUGCACCCACUUCCUCCACCCACCUGUCUGAGCUACCCCCACCUGCCGCCCCCAUCCCCGACCAAGCCCUUCGCCUCCAAGCCGCUGCCCUACUGGACCAAGUACGACGUGGCCGACUGGCUGGGCUACCUGAAUCUGGCCGAGCAUCGUGAGCGCUUCCUGGACAACGAGAUCGACGGCACCCACCUGCCCUCGCUCACCAAGGACGACUACCUGGAUUUGGGCGUCACCCGCGUGGGCCACCGCAUGAACAUAGAACGGGCCCUGAGGUCGGUUAUUGACAGACUGUAAUGAGUGUACAGAGCUAUACUACAGGAAGUUCAGAGGCGCAAAAGGCUUUCCAGCAGUCCCUUCCCCAUCUCGGUCCUCUCGCCUCGGGACGAGGGGAGGAUGGAUGACGGUAGUCGCAAUUGAGGUGGCGGAAUUUAGUGGAUUCACCUGAAAAGUUGAGGAAGAUGAUGGGGUGUGCCAAAAUUGAAACAUCGGGAUAUGUCAGGACCAACAAAGGGCUCCCCCGUAUGCGACCCGCUCCUCCCCAAACGGACACCAAGAUGCCCUUUGGCAAUGCCAUGACAUCACAAUACCGAGAGUGACCAAAGGAAUGGUCCGAAAUCCAAAACGGGAGCUGGAGAAAGAUUUUGCUUGACAUUGGGGAAUAUUUCCAGGCUUACCUCAGCGCUGUGAUCGACAUCCAUCGUCACUUUUAAUGACAAACAUACAGACUGGUCACUGUAUCACGUUGUUGUAGCAUAAACAAGUGCCCAGACCGACAACAUAAAAAAAUGGUACACACACUAUGGAAAACCUUUGAGCAUUUAUUCCAUAUCCUCCUAGUGCAAUGAAUUGCCCAGAUACUAGUAUAUUUUUUUUUUACCUCACUAGUAAGACAAUUCAAGGUACUAGUAGAAUGACUAUGGCACACUAGUAGAAAAACUACAUUACUAGUGAGGCCAAACUGUGCGCUACUAGUACUACUAAUGAAGUGGUAGAUGUAGUCUGGGAACUGGUAGAAUUUUAUAAUGUCACUAAUAGUACGAGUCACUCGCAAUUGUCAACUAGUGCACAAUUUUGCCUCACGGGUCGUUCUACUAGGACGCAGAAAUGUACAGUAGUGAAAGUCAGUUGUGGAAAAACCGUCACUUGUAAGACAGUCGUAUUGUUAGUGCACCCUAGUCAUUCUACUAGUGCACCAUGGUAAUUCUAGUGUGCCCUAGUCAUUCUUCUAGCGCACCGAAAUGCCAUAUAGCCGUUGGAACGCAAUCAGAAUCUGAAUCAUCUUUAUUUGCCACGUGUGUCAGAAACACACAAGGAAUUUGUCUCCGGUAGUGGGAGCCGCUUUAGUACGCCAAAAUAUACUUUUAGGACUACGUAGAGCCACUUAGCAAUGAAGGGUUGCCAUUAACGUGGUAAUCCUGAUUCAAUUGAACAAAUAAUGCAGAGCCCUCAAGCAAAUUAGAGCAGUUUGAAAUGACUAAUGGAGCAAGUCUGGUACAGUGGAAUUAAUAGUGCUAGUAAGACUCUCAUUCGACAAGUGAGCCCCAUUCAUUCUAGUCAUUAUACUGGUGCACAGAAAUGUAAUACAGUUGUGGGGGGGGGGGGGGGGGG